AUGAAAAUGGAGAAACUGAAGCGAAGCUUAAGCUUCCGCAAGAAAAAAGAUCCUGUCCCUGAAUGUUCGAAGCCUCAUCAAUGGCUGGAGGAUGAACGCAAAGUUCGAGAAGGAACCUGUAGCUUUCAAGUUAGAUAUCUGGGUUGUAUAGAAGUUUAUGAAUCACGGGGCAUGCAAGUAUGUGAAGAGGCAGUGAAAUCACUAAAAAAUCAAUGUAAAGGCAGAUAUCAACGGGCAAUAUUAUAUGUUUCUGGAGAUGCAUUACGUGUGGUAGAUGAAAUAAGUAAGAGUAUGAUAGUUGAUCAAACAAUAGAAAAAGUUUCCUUUUGUGCCCCUGAUCGUAAUCAUGACAAAGGAUUUGCCUACAUUUGCAGAGAUGGCACAACAAGACGAUGGAUUUGUCAUGGCUUUAUGGCCAUCAAAGAAUCAAUUGCACGUUUUUUUCGUUUGAAGAACCAAGGAGGUGAACGUCUUAGUCAUGCUGUUGGUUGUGCGUUUGCAAUUUGUUUGGAACGUAAACAAAAACGAGACAAAGAAUCGGGGGUGAACGUGACUUACAACCAAGAUCGUACCAGUUUCACACGCACGGGUUCCUUUCGACAAGCGUCCAUCACCGAACGUAUUGCCGAUCCUCAGAGUGCUAUUCUCGCAGGUAACACUCUAAACGAUCCAAUUCCAGUAAAGAAAGUGGAUAAUCCGUAUGCUGUACAACGGCCUCAUGCUACCCAAUCCCUACUCCAACGGCAGGGAUCCUUCCGUGGAUUUGAAAAGUUGCAUGAAACUUCUUCACCUUUUAAGCGGUCAGUUUCACUGAGACUCAGCGAUCUGCCGUCAACUUUAAAACGACAGAACGCUGUUCUAGAAUCCCCACCAAAUGUUGGAGUAGGUAGUCCAAUUCCAGAGCUGUCACCAACUGAAGAGAAUCCAGACAGUGUUGCUCAAAUGUGCCAACAAUUGUCCCAGGGUCUGCGUGCUCUUAACACAGAUGACCCCUUUGCCAGUGUGCCCCACAGUACACUUCAGUCCCUCCACUGCCCAGCGUCCGGUGCCAUCAAUACUGGGGCCUCAUUCCAACAGAGUCCGACUCACAUGUUUAGUAACCCAGCACACCAAUCAAUUCAAGGAUUUUCAAGCAAGGCUUGUGACUUGAAGAGUGGUGAGGUGAGCAAUCCCUGGGGAGGCAGCCACAACUGGGCAGCACCUGUGGCAGGGGUACCACCCUCCUCCUCUGCCUCAUCUUCUUACACAAACCCGUUUCUCAGCAAUUCUGUGAAUGGUGUGCCUUUUGGUAAUAAUGAUAGGCUUCAAGCAUCCACCUCAACCAGCACGUCUACAUCUUCCCAGCUAGUGACCCCUCGUGCACCGCAGUUGGUUCAAUUACGCAGCCAUUCCAUAGACAGUGGAGAGCUGAUCACCUCCAGUCGACAACAGGGUCACAAGCUGACUCUGCAAGAACUUGCCAACCAACAGCGCAAUUUCCGGCACAACAAUGGAAAUAUAGGAAAUGGCUGGGGAGUGAGUGUCGAUGCCGGCAGCGGUGGCAGCAGCAGCAGCAGCAGCAGUAAGGGCACCUCUUCAUCCUCGGUCACCCCUCCUCUCUCAAAUAAAGCAGGAAUGAGUAGCAGCACACUGCCGGCUUUGUCGUCGUCCGGCACUACGUCGAAAGUGGGCUCUAAAGAUAGUGGGCCACACGUUGACCCUUUUGACGUCACCUGGGCUUCCAAGGCCGCCAGUUUGAAUGCAAAUAAUCCCUUCCAAGGGUCCCAAGCAUCACAACCCUCGACACAAUCAGCACAGGUAAAGACUUUCAAAGUACAACUAUAA